UUCCCAUGAUCCGCUAGAAGGCGUGACUGACAGCCGAGCAAGAUGGCCGAUUUCGGUGAACCCAUCUCUGAUCAAGAGAAGAUAAACAUAACAACAAACUUCAUUCUUCAUGCACCUCCUGGAGAAUUCAAUGAAGUCUUUAAUGAUGUGAGGAUCCUACUGAAUGAUGAUAGCUUGCUGAAGGAAGGAGGAUCAGGGGCCUUCGCACAGUACAACAAGGACCAGUUCACACCUUGUAAAGUAGAGGACUCUGAAGAACAAGUUUUAAUAUCUGAACAUGGGGACCUAGGAGGUGGUAAAUUCCUUGACCCGAGAAACAAGAAAUCAUUCAGGUAUGACCAUUUGAAAAAAGAGGCAUCCGACUAUCAAGAUGUCGAUGUGGACAGAUCAGUAGAGCCGUGGAGGUCAGCAAUAGAGAGUGCUCUGACUGGUUACAGAGACCAACACUACAAAUUCGGAGUGGUCAGUGUGUACGGAAGUGUACAAGGAGGAAAUACAACUAUUAUAGCCUGUAUAGAGAGUCAUCAAUUCCAGCCCAAAAAUUUCUGGAAUGGUAGAUGGCGAUCUCAGUGGUCCAUGACCUUUCCCAGCUCCGGGGGCAAGGUUGACCUAACAGGAGUAUUUAAAGUUCAGGUACACUAUUAUGAAGAUGGUAAUGUACAGCUAGUGAGCUCAAAGGAAGUAAAGAAGACGUUAAAUGUUACGAGUGAACAACAAACAGCCAACGAUUUUAUAAAAUUGGUCCAAGACUCAGAGCAGGAAUAUCAGAAUGCCAUAGGUGAAAACUAUCAGACCAUGUCGGAUACAACAUUCAAAGCUCUUCGUAGACAGCUACCUGUAACAAGGGCAAAAAUAGACUGGAACAAAAUAGUGGGAUAUCAAAUAGGAAGUCAAAUCAGCAAGAACAAAGCAUGAGACCAGUGAGCUUGUGUGGAUAUGUGCAUAGUGGAAACAAAAAUGGCUGAACUAAAGACACUGCAACGACAUCAGCAAUAUAUCAAGACUUGCCAGAUAGAGAAAUGGUGGUAUGUCAGCAUUCUGGCCGGGGAAAUUGGGCGCACAAAAAACUUUCCGUAUUCGUUUUGAUUACUGGCAAGACUGGCUUCAGAUAUCUUCACUACUGUGAUAUUUAAUUAGAACUGAUUCUUCAAGUAUGCAUAUAUGUAUUACAUUAACAAUGUCGCCCUGAAAAAAGUCAUCUAAAAAUGAUUGGAACAGAAUAAUGUUAACAUUUUAUUUACUUUUGGGAAUUUAUUUAUCCUUUAAUUACAGGACAAUUAUGGAUAAAUUUGCACUGUUUAUAAUUUUACAGUAUGAUGUGUAAGCAUAUGGUGUUAUUUAAGUGCAAUUUACAGGAUUAUAGGUCCUUAUCCACAUAUAAUUUAAAGCAUUAUAUCUUGGAGAAUUUCAAUUGAAUGUCAUUUGAAAUUGAAAUGUGAUCUCAAACAAGAUGAGGAUACAUCUAUAUCCGAGAUCACAUACAAAUUGAUACAGGUGCUUUUUUAGCUGCUUGGUUGAAGGCCUCUACUACUGAUGAAUUCUACGUUGUGUUUGUUUUUGCGUAGAUCCCUGAACCUGUAGCUAAACAUCCUCUACUGAUCAUUCAUUUGAUUUAUUCAGCCCUUAUUAUUUUAUUUAAUGAUUAGCAUUUACUGUCCAAACUCGGUCUUUGAGAUUAAUGUAUUUUUUAGAGUGUACACAUGGACAUUUCUGUAUAGCACAGCAACAUGUUGUCUCCGUACAGGUAUAGGAAUGGUCUUGGUAAUAAGGGUGAUUUGGGUGUGGCUCUGGUUUCCCAUACAAAGUCAGAUGACAAAGAGCUUUUUUCAAAAUUUGAGUGUAGAAACAAUGAUUAGAGCAUAUAAUGUAAUCAUGAUAAUUUUAUUCAAAUUAAACUAAUGGACUGAGAAACAGAUUUGUAAACAAACGGAUUACAACAAUUUUCCUUUUUGUUUUCUACUCUAUUGUGCUAUUUAAAAAUCAUAAAAGAAUCUGUUCUCAACUCUAAAAUACGGGUCAUCUAACAGAUAUUAACAAAUUAGGGUGACUAUAUGUACAUCAAAAUUAAUUUUAGAAUUAAGAGUUACCUUCAGAACUACUGCUCUUGAACAGUCAAAACCAUUAAAUGACCCUGGCCUUACCAUUAAUAUGUCUCAAAAUUUGUGUAGUAGAACCUCUUAAGUGUGGAGAAUGAAAAUUGACCAGGAUUUCCAGCUUGUCUGUCCUGGGAAGCUCCAACUUCACAUCAAAUGUCUUUAUACACAAUUAAUUAUCCUUACAAGAAUGUUCUUUAUAUUAAUCCAAAUCCUAUAAUUAAAUGAUGUAUUGUAAAAAGCGCUAUUUUUGUAUGUAUUGUUUUAAGGAAUGAGUCCCAGAUAACAACACUCUAUUCCUACCUGCAUCGUACCUUCAUUAUCAAUCUUUAGUUGAAGAACAGCUUUUCUCUUCCCCUACCUUUUUAUUGAAAUUCCCAAUGCAUGCAGUAAAAUAUCAUUCCAGAUAAAUUAACACAGGUAUUUUAAGGACUUGUAUAUCUAAAGUUAAUUUGUCUCCAGACUGAGGGAUAUAUUUUUCUCGUUACUAGUAUGUAUCGCAAGAAGCAACGCUGCCUAUAUGGAAUUUAGAUGUCUUAGUGUGAAUACACUUUUCUGGGCAUAGACAUUUUAUUGAAAACAUCCAUAGCUAAUGUCUUUAGGAAAAAAUCAUUUACUUGAUGCUGAUCAUGAACUUUCCUUUCCUAUUUGGCCCUGUUAAUAUUUAAGGGGUACUUUACAUGUAUAGGGGUAACUUUUUAUGGAAAGUUUGAACAUCAACAUAUUUUUAGUUCAUUGAUGAGCUCCCUUUGAUUAGUGUGGUUUUAAUGAGAAACUAAAAGUUUAUGUUGAAGUUUGAUUUAAGUUAAGAAAAUUGUCAAUUUGAAUUCAAUCUUUCAGAAGUUUGUAUUUUAGUAUAUUAACUAUGGAUGCUUUGAACAUAAUGUUGGUUGUCCAGCUGUUAGCUGAUUGUUUUGAGUGUAUACAUGUAAUGUCAGUGGUAAUCAUGUCAUACAAACGACUGCUGAGAGGGAAUCACAUACUUGUCGCAUGUGGUUAAGUGUUAGUGACUGGCAUGUUGGUUAAACAGAAUUUAAUUUAGUACUAAUAUUCUAACAGGUCAGUUUAAAUUUGUUUCUUAAUCUAUUAAUAACGCACUAUUAUAAAUUCUGUGAAGAUUUGCCUUCUUUUAUAUUUAAAGUUUUCACCACAGAACAUUAUGCAAAAAUACAGUUAUCAAGAAAGUUAUGUGAGAAUCGAAAGAAUUUGGAAAAGAAAUGUUGAGCAGGAUACUGUCGCCAAUUAGUGCUGUUUGAUACCUCCAGUAUUAUGUAGAAUAAGAAUGUACUGUACAGCUUCUCAAGGAAAUUUUGAACAGAAGCAUAAAACUAAUUUUUUGUUUUCAUGUUAGAUUGUUUCAUACUUGGCCGACUGUAUGAGGAAUAAAAAUUUGGUGUGGGAUUUAUUUAAAUGAUUUUAGGAUAAAAACAAUUCUGCAAUGACAGUUGGUACUGAAGCAGGAAGAGAGAGAGAGUAAGUAGUGUUGACAAGUGGUGGAACUGUUACUAGGUCUGUAAAUGGUACCUAGUGUAUUUAAGACUUCAGCAAUGUAAAUCUUUUUAAUAAAUAUACAACAAAGUGUAA